AUGUCCACUGGGGUAAAGGCGGCGGAAUCCCAAGCGAGUAGUGACCAUCCUGUUCAGAGGAAAGGUCCUGACUUUUUGUUGUUCGACCAACUUCUUCAAGACCGGGGCAAGCGUGCCACUGUUUCGGCAUCGUCCAGUGCAAUUAAACAGAGCAUUCGCCAUGCUCCUCUCCUUACGUCAGGAGUAUUAUCUGAACACUACAAAGAUCUUGUACCACAGUAUGGGUUGCUUGGUAGUCUUGAAGAUGAGAGAAGCGACGCAUCUGCCUCCCAGCUGUUUCUAAACACAAACGUGCCAUUCUCGGCGUUCAUUUGUGGUGUUCAAGGAAGCGGAAAGAGUCACACAACGUCCUGCAUUCUCGAGAAUGCAGUAUUAGCUUCACCGAAUAUUGGCUAUUUCGAAAGCGCUGUCUCGACACUAGUCUUCAGCUACGGCGAGUGGAGCAGCGGUGGUGCAGGCUUCAACAUCAGCGAGGCCACCUUUCUUGGAGCGUCGCACCCAGACUUCCCCGGUCACCACGUCAGGCAGGUCACAGUAUUGUACUCGCCGUCGAAUGCAGCAAUCAAAAGGUUGUAUGAGCGCCUUCCGAACGUCAAAAUGUUGCCUUUCCGACUCAAAGCUCAGACUCUUGACAUUGGCGCUCUGCAUACGUUGAUGGCUGUAGACGAUAAGUCAACAAUGCCGCUGUACAUGGUUACGGUCGAAGAAAUACUGCGUAGAAUCGCGUUCGAAAGCGAGGACGGAAGCCUGGACUACCUCGAGUUCAAGCGUAGACUUUCGAAAGAGAAGUUCGACCCUGUGCAGACCAACAUGCUGAAAAUGCGCCUGAACUUGCUUGAAUCCUUCCUCGAUCUUAAUGGUACCGCACCAAAACCAGAGUUCAAGCCUGGAGAAGUCACUAUCAUAGAUCUUUCCGACCCAUUCCUCACACCUAGCACAGCUUGCAUCCUCUUCAAGCUCGGACUUGAGCAAUUCCUACAGUCUCGCUCACCGGGCAAGAUGGUAGUGUUGGACGAGGCCCACAAGUACAUGCUCGAUACACCCGGCUCAAAGAUACUCAAAAACUAUCUCACCAGAGUCAUCCGUCUCCAGCGCCAUCAAGGUGCUCGUGUAGUCAUAUCAACCCAGGAGCCCACUAUCGCAACGGAGCUCAUCGCACUCUGCUCAGUGACAGUCAUACACCGCUUCACGAGUCCUACAUGGUAUUCUGCGCUUAGGAAACAAAUCAAUGCUAUAGGCGACGAUAAGGCCAUCAUGCAGCAGAUUGAAAGUCUUGAGACAGGUGAAGCACUGGUGUAUUCGCCAAAUGCGGUGCUGGGGAAGAAUGACGAUGAUGGAAGUUUGAUCAAGGCUGUUGGUCGCUUGAUGAAGGUGAACAUUAGGGACAGGGUUACGCUAGAUGGUGGAGCAUCUAUUAUGGCUGUCUAAAGUGCUUACAUUAGGACCAGGUCAGGUACUAUAUGGCUUUGAUAAUGAGUAGGUUUUAUGAACAUCUGUUCUGACAAGGAUAUUUGCCAGACGUCUGCCGAAGAGACGUUGCCCGCCAAUUUCCCGGUUUCCUCUCCACUUCUUUGAUACCGCGGAACGGCAACAACCGUUGCAAAAGCAAGGUCCACACGCAAAGGCCCACAAUUCCAUCCCGCCCUCAUGGCUUUUUGCAAAUUCGCAUGACAAUCUUAUC